CACACACACAAACAGCACAGCAGCUUACCAGGCAGGAGUCAGCUUGUCAAAUGUUAGCAUCAUUAUGUCAAGUCAAAGUGAACCCACCAGCGCAGGAGCCAACCUACUGCAAACACCUGAACAGGAACAUGGCUUUUCAAGACACAGACAGUCGUCCCCUGUACGUAAACUCGGGUUGACGAGGAAAUCACGAGACAGGAGGGAUUUCAAGGAAGACCUAAACCCAGAAGAGAAAGCGCGGAGACACAAGGAGCAGGAGCUGAAGCCUCUGUACAAGGAGCUGUUGUACACCAUCGCUCAUAAGAUGGGUAAACCGUCAUCAACUGAGGUCUUCACAGACAGCCAGCUCCACCAGUACAUUAUGGAGGCUUUCACUAUGACAGAGUCGGAACACAAAAGCCUGACAGAGAAAGUGCAGAGCACAGAGCCCCCAGUAUACUGCCUCAUGGCCACUGUGAAGGAAGCCAAGGGAAUCCUCGGAAAAGACGUCACUGGUUUCAGUGACCCAUACUGCCUGCUGACCAUAAUGGAGGACGAAGCAGAGAGCCGAACACGCCAGUCCAGAGCCAAACCCUGUAAAUCUAUUGUAAAGGAUGCUGUAUCCGAUGACAAAAUCUACCAGUCAGAAAUAAAGAAGCAGACUCUGAACCCUAUCUGGAACCAAACCUUUGUACUAGAGUUUGGAGACAUUGUCGGUGCCAGCUUCCACCUCGAGAUGUGGGAUAAGGACGAAGAGGUUUCACUCACUCAGAAACUAGAGGAGAUCAAAACCAACUUUAAUAGUUUACGAAGGAUGAUCAAGGAGGCCAAAAAGGAGAAGGGCACAGAUGACUUUUUGGGAAAUGUGGUCCUUAAACUACAGGAUCUCCACUGUACUGAAGACAACUGGUACAAUCUGGAGCCCAGAACAGAGACAUAUCCUGACCGCGGCCAGUGCCACCUGAAUCUCAAGUUCAUCCAUAAAGCGAGAGACGGGACACUGAGUGCUGGUCGUAAUGCUUACAUCAACUACUGUGGGAUUCUGCAGCAGUUUGUUCAGGCUUACAUCUCCAAGCAACAGAGUUCUGCUCCCUGGAAAGGGGCACUGUGUGGCGAGGCUCAGAUUCUGCUGGAGCUUUACGCUACUCAGAAUGACCUCUCACCUUUUCUUCAGGACCUGGCGAAGUGGGUGGCCUACAGCAAGCUGUACCAGAGUUUAGAGGUGGACUCGUCUGUGCUGCUCCAACAGCUAACCAGUAUAGAGUACCACUGGCAUCAGCAGGAGCUGCCAUACCAACAGAAACAGGAACUUGGGGACUCUCUGCAUGGUUUCCUGCAGUAUGGGCUGUGUCUGGUGGCCAAAUACAGAGACAUCUUCCCCCCAACUCCCAGUGCUACUCCGAAACUACACACACUGCUCAGGAUCUUGGUCCAGAUCUGUAAGACUCAGGCGUUUCAGAAACUGAACCCAGCUCAGUUUGAGUUACAUGAUGAGGUCGGCGAUGCAAUACAGACAGGUACACAGGAGUGGUUUACCAUCAAGAGGGGUUUGCAUCAGCCAAUGACAAAGGAACUGUCAGAGAUUGUGAACGCCCUCUCCAGGUUGAUUGGGGAAGUGCAGGAAGACAUAAAACACAACAAGGAUGCCUGGAAUAGGGUAUUUGUCAGUGCCGUGCAAGUGGAUGUGUUUACUGUCGUCUAUAAGAAGUUUGACUCCCUGCUUGCAAAGGAAGUGAGGGAAACCUUAUCCCUGAUUGAGGGUCAGAUGGAGCAGACUCUAGCCAACAGCCUGUUCCCUGUUUACCUGAGCCUGCAGGCCAUCCACAAAGACAAGGCUUUCUUACAGAAAAGAGGAUUACUUGAGUUGACAAACUUUCAAGAGGGCUUCAGAGAGGCUCUGCCUUACUGGUUGAACCAGGCGUUCAGCACAACUCAGGACAGGGUGGAGAGGGCGGUCCAGGUAGACCAGCUCCAGCCCCUGCAGUCUGGUGCCGUGCCUAUAAAACACAGCUCCUCAGCAGUGGACCUGGUGGCAUGUAUCCAACCUAUCUGCCAGCUGUGGGAGCAGCUGUCCUGGCCCGACCCAGAGGAGGCCUUCAUGCUCAUGGUUAAACUCACUGAGGAUGUGUGUAAGAUUGUGGUGAACUACUGUCACAUCCUGAAGGAGAGAGUCAGGGUCCUGUCUGAGAACUCCGACCACGGCAGUGCCAUCAACAUGUUGUGUGUGGUGGUGAAUGACUUGGAGCACUUACGGUCAGUGCUGACCAAACUACCUACGCAGCUGAACUGGGCGGGGCUUCGAGAACGGACCCAAAAUGUGAUAGGGGAGAGCCAGUUCCAAAACACUCUGCCCUCGCAGCUACAGCAAGCCCAGAGUGUCCUCGGCCGAGAGAUUCGCUCCGCUUUAGACACUCUUGGGAAAAAGUUAAACACAGACAUUGAGACUCACGUCCGAAGCAUGUCAACCAGGCGUAGGAUUCCCUCCAAGUCUACAGAGGAUGCUGUAUCGCCUUUGAUGCGCUACCUGGAGCAAGAGCUGCACUAUAUGAAUGAAAACCUGGUUCAAGAGAACUUCAAUAGUCUUCUGACUCCAUUGUGGAAUAACUCAGUGAAGAUACUCUACCAGGGGGCUACUAAGCAUCCACAGCAAGAAGGGCUCAUGGUGUUCUGCCAGAGACUGCUGUAUACACUGCAGUGUCUGGAGGAGUGCUUCCACGCUGGGGGCAAUGGGCUCCCUCUGGGUACACUCCACUCCGAUGAGUACAAAGCUCUCAAAUCCCACCUGACUCACAACUCUCUGAGCAGCUGGCAGCUUGUGGAGAAGUUCCUUGAAAAGAAAAUAAGGGAGCAGAGGGAUUACAUUGGAGAGAAAUAUGGUGCAGUCACUCUCCUCACUUCCUACAGGAGAUCAGACGAAAGACUCAGAGUUGAGGUGUUGAAUGCAGUCAACCUCUUACCAAUGGACUCUAACGGUUUAAGCGAUCCCUUUGUGCAGCUGUGUCUGGAGCCUAACCAUGUUUUUCGGGAGGUAGAGCCUCGCUGCACUCAGAUCAAAAGCUGUGAUCUCAACCCCCUUUUUGAUGAGGUCUUUGAAUUUCUGGUAACCCUGGAUCAGUGCCAGGCUCCAGGGGCUUGCCUGGUGGUGACGGUUCUGGACCACGACACCUUGAGGACAGAUGACUUUGAAGGCGAGGCCUUCCUGGCCCUCAAGGACAUACCAGGAGUUGGUAAAGAGGACGCCACCCCCGCUCAGAUGCGACUGCCUCUGAUGCAUCCUAAACCUAAUGAGGACAGCAUUCUGAAGUUACUGGAGUCCAGGAGAGGGGAGCGAGAGGCUCAGGCCUAUGUGAAGAAGCGAAGACAGAGAGAGAAACAAUCACAGGAGGGGAUUCAACUGUAACAGACACACGCAGACAAUUCCAUCCUCCAAAAAUAUACAAUUUGUUUUAAUGAUCUGUACCAAAAACAAAGAAAAAUCCACUCAGAAAGAAACACUGGUGUUGGAUGAGUUGUGUGUGGACAGUAUGCCGAGCAUGGGUUUACCAAAGACCAUCACAGUGAUCAUGAACACUUUCACACCUGCAUUUUAAACCUCAUACACCUUACAUAUCUGUCUGCUUCCUGAUGCUUUGUCUAAUCAGUGCAAGAGAUAAGUAUGACAUCACUUAACUAUGUGUGUAUAUAUAUAUAAUAUAUAUAUAUUCGACUACAUUUGACACACUGUGAAAUGUCAAAGAUUACUACAAAUGUAAAAAUUUUGGCAGAGAAACCUGUCGCACAUUGAUUUUAAACAUAGAAAAUGGGCCGAUUUUAACAAAAAGUUGUUUGUAUGUUCAAGUUAACAUGAAAAGCGUUUAAAUAAAAAUUAAAAAACAUGUAAUUUCAAAGACUA